GAUGUGACGAUAUUGCUGUGGGAGCUCCUGGGGAGGGGGUUGGAUCCGGAGCUGUGUUUAUAUUCAGGGGGUCUAAACAAACUGGAAUUAAUCGAAAAGAGAUGCAAAAAAUCUAUGGAAAGGACGUCAGACAAAAUAUUCGAAGUUUUGGAAUGUCUGUAUCUCCUUGUGUUGAUAUUGAUGAGAAUGAUUACAAGGAUUUACUAGUUGGAGCACCUCAAUCAGCAACAGCUGUUCUUCUUAGAGUGUACCCAGCAAUGGAAUAUGAAGCUACACUUGAGUUUCAGCCAAGUAUACUAACAGCCACUAAUAUGCAGGGGUUUAAUCUUGUAGCCUGCUAUGCAGUCAAACCAAGAAAAUAUUCUGAGCACUACACCAGUGAUAUUCUAACAAAAAUUAAUCUAACCUCAAACUCAAAUAUUCUCUUCAGAGCCGGAGAAUCUGAGAUGGUUUUUGAGACAAGACUUUCUGAAAGAAGAUGCCAAACUUAUGAAAUGAAAGCUGCAAACCAAUUCUCAGCUAAUUCUCCAUCUAGAGUAACAUUAACUCUUACUCAGGUCUCAUUCAAUACAACAUAA